GGGGGACAUCUACGUCAGCGAGGGAAGACGGCUGGGACAGAGAAUCUGCACUUUGGAGAAGGCCAUUUUAGAAACCAGCCUCAGUCAAAAAGAAGGAAGAAGAAUGAAGAUUCCUAUUUUCACCGUUGAUGCAUUUACAGAUGAACCAUUCCGUGGCAAUCCUGCAGCUGUUUGUCUUCUUGAAGAUGAACUGGAAGAAGGCUGGCAUCAAAAAAUCGCAAUGGAAAUGAAACUUUCAGAAACUGCAUUCAUUCGAAAAUUGCAUCCAACUGACAACUUUACCAAAAGUUCUCGCUUUGGAUUAAGAUGGUUCACUCCAACCAACGAGGUCCGUCUCUGUGGUCAUGCUACCCUGGCAUCAGCUGCAGUGUUAUUUCGAAACAAGAAGAACGUGAAUUCAUCCCUCACUUUCGUAACUCUGAGUGGAGAAUUAAAUGCCAGACAGGCAGGGGGUCAAAUUAUCCUGGACCUACCCCUUUACUCGGCCUACCCACAGGAUUUACAGGAAGUGGAAGAAUUAGUAAAGGUAGCUGUAGGUAAUAUAAAUGUUCAAGACGUUCGCUAUUCUCCUGACACUAAGAAGCUCCUUGUUCGCCUUAGUGACACUUAUGAAAGGUCUGAUUUGGAGAAACUAAAUGUGAAUUCCCAAGAGCUUUUGCAGACUGAGACAGCUAGAAAAGUGGAAGGAUUAAUAGUCACACUUAAAGGAAAGGCUGGUGGAAAACUUGAAAGCCACGACUUUUAUUCCCGCUACUUUGCACCCUGGAAUGGAGUUUCAGAAGAUCCUGUCACAGGAUCUGCUCAUGCUGUUUUAAGUAGUUACUGGUCAGAACAACUGGGGAAGGAAGAAAUGUGUGCAUUUCAGUGUUCUGCUCGUGGAGGAGAGCUGAAGAUUUCACUUCGGGAUGAUGGAAGAGUAGACAUUGGUGGGCAAGCGGUUUUGGUGUUAGAAGGUUCUCUGACUAUUUGAAGAAAAUGAAUCCAAGCUCUCCACCUGUACAACUUUCUGUUGGUUCUGAUCAUGUAGAUGUUGAUGUGUAUUUUACUGAGAAGAAUGCACCUACUUAAUUUGAAAUGGAAAACACAAAGUACAUGGAAACUUACUUAUUAUAUAUGCAUUUUUAUAGCCAGUCCCAUCCUGCUAGUUUAGUUCAUGCACUAUAGUUUUAUUGCACCCUUCCUCCAAGGAGCUCAGUGUAGUAUACAUAGUUCUUCCUCCCCUCCAUUGUACCCUAAGA